AUUUCAACAUGGCGAAGAAUCAACGUGGGGACUCAGGGUUCAUGUCAGAGAAGGAGCUAAGUGAGAAAAUGUCUGAUUUGAGCGACGAUGAAGGACCGGAGGAAGUCAGAUUCGACGACUCGAAAGCAGUGGCGCUGAAGAGCGUUAAAGACGCGCGGGACUCAAUCAAAAGGGGAAAAGAGUUGCUGAAGGAGAAGAGGCGGAAAAGACAGUUGCUUUUCCAAGAACAGAAGAAAGCCAGACUUUUACCCGAAGCUCUCUUGGAAGAAUUUGACACCGUGGCCCAGAAACAACCAACGUUGCCAAAUGAGAAAGGUAAGGCACAGAAAGUGAAGGUGAAAAAAGUGAAGAAGCCAAAGAAAAGGAGGUCGAAAAGUUUGCAGGAGAACUGCACGGUGAUGCGGGUGAAGGACAGACGUGGCAGUACCUCGAUGCAGAAAUCAGCCAUGGCGUUCAUCCGAACUCGUCUGUAUGGUCCAGGAAGUCAGAGAACAACCAACGCUGAACUUCUCUCUCUGCAAAAGAAGCGGGGACUCGAUCAAGGAGCUGCCGUGCAGUUUGUGAAUAAGAAGUGGGGAGCAGCCCAGAAGGCCAAGGCAGAAAAGUGCAACAAGAGGUUUAUUCACAGACAGAAGCUAAUCUCCAGCUGAGCCGUUUUCGAGGACGUUGUGCGUGCGACAGCAUGAAGACUGCUGGCUCAGGUUUCAGCUGCUUCAGCCAGUGCUGUUCCACACUGCUGUAGAGAAAAACUGAGUCUCACACACACACACUGCUGUGAAACCCUGUUGUACCAAUUUGUGCCUGGAAGCAGCUCACAGACAAUCUACCAACCUAGGCAGAUCGUUUCCUUAUUGUCAACGUUAUGGAGUAUUUUGAAAAUGGAUUACGUAUUAAUAUUUAAUUUGAACAUGUGAUCUUUUGUUGUUUUAAUGGCUUUCAUUAACAUGUUGGUCUAUUUUCAUUUUAGUGAAUGGUUUCCUACUUGACUGCCUGAUUGUGGCACCAGUGGGAACGAGGUCUUUAGUAAAGAGAGCAGUGCAGCGGUGCUUUAUUUUAAUUUGUCUCUGUUUUAAAGCUUGAGUAUUCAUUCAUGCUGGUCUCACUGUUUCUGCUAUUGGGCUUAUCUUGUAGAUCUCUAGCUGAGUUGAGUCUUUUGUAACCACAGCGUGUUACAGUAAUACUGCAGUCUGGAACUUUUGAGUCUAGUGUUUAUCAUCUCCACUAAUCAGAAAUCUAAAGUAGAACUAAUGUCAACCGGUGUAGAAAGAAGAAACACUCGCUCCUGAAUGGUACCAGUUAUGUUAGGCUUUUUUUUUUUUUCCCUCCUAUUAACUGCCAUUAAACCAAACUGAUGAAUAACAAUCAGCAGCUAAAUACAA